CUGACUGGCACACAUCUCUACGGUUGCCCAGACGGUAACUACUCUGAUCUCUGCUGUCAGAUAAGAAGGAGUGCUGACUGUGGACUGACUGGCACACAUCUGUACGGUUGCCCAGACUGUAACUACUCUGAUCUCUGCUGUCAGAUAAGAAGGAGAUUGAGUGGCCCUCAUUCGUUCACCUGCCUUCAGUGUAACUACUUGGAUCUCUGCUCACCUGCUAUCAAGCAUCUAUACGACAAGACUCAUAACAUCUGAACAGAACAUCUGUCCACUAUGAACCCUCAACUAACAGUGAACAAGCAGAGAACGAUCUGCUCUCAGCUGGGAAGGGUCAAACUGCAGCUGCUGUACAAGGCCAGCGUCCAUGGAUACACCAGUGCAGCCUUCCACCAACGAUGUGACAGCCGCUGUCCCACUGUGUCUGUGGGCUAUAACACCUCUGGCUUUGUGUUUGGAGGAUACACCCAACAACCUUUUUCUCAGUCUGGACAGUAUGUCCAAGAUGACAAGGCCUUUCUUUUCACGUUUAAAGGAGAAAAUCUCCACAAAUAUCCAGUCAGUAACUCUUCAUAUGCAGUGAGAAUGAUGAAUAACUCUGGUCCUUACUUUGGGGAUGCAUUGGCUCUAGCCAAUCUAAACAAUCCUAUAGUUUAUAGCAGUCCAGGAAAGUAUUACAACUUUGACGCUGCAGAAAUGCACGGAAAUGACCUCGUCCUGAAUGAGUGUGAAGUCUACCAGGUGGAGGAUGCCACUGAACUUGAGAGACCAUGGAGGACUAUAAUCUGGGAAUCUGAGAAGAGGACAGAGCUGAUGGAGAGCAUUAAAACCUACAAACCCGCGGACAGCUCCGUGUCCCAGGUUAAAGUUUUGCUCGUUGGACCAAUUGGAGCUGGAAAGUCCAGCUUCUUUAACUCUGUCAACUCUGUAUUCAGAGGACAUGUCACCAGCCAGGCCAUGUCUGGCAGCUCUGCCACCAGCCUCACCACACAGUUUCGUGCCUAUCCUCUGAAAGAUGGGCGGGACGGCAAACGUCUGCCAAUCAUAAUAUGUGAUACCAUGGGGCUGGAGGAAAGCACAGGAGCAGGCCUUGAUAUAAAUGACAUCAGCAGUAUUGUUGAAGGUCAUCUGCCAGACCGUUAUCAGUUCAACCCCUCUGCUGCGCUGCAUUCAGAGGCCUAUGGCUAUAUCAAGUCUCCAGAGCUCAAGGACAAGAUCCACUGUGUAGUCUACGUACUGGAUACCUGCAAGAUCUCCAUCAUGCCUGAAAAGCUGGAGGAGAAGCUGGAGGCAAUUCGCAAAAAGGUCAACUCAAUGGGGAUUCCUCAGCUGGUCCUGCUCACUAAAGCAGACGAAGCCUGCCCUUUGGUGAAACAGGACCUGAGAAACAUUUAUACCAGUAUCUACAUCAAGGACAUGGCGGACAAGGUCAGUGCUCGGCUCGGCGUGCCUCUGUCCUGUUUUGUUGCAGUGAAGAACUACAGUGAAGAAUCGGAGUUGAACUUGAACAGUGACAUCCUGAUCCUCAGCGCCAUCAAUCAGAUGCUUCGCUUCGCGGAUAACUACUUUGAUGACCUUAGCUAAACACUGAGCAAUAUUUAAACUGAAGUUAUAUGAUGAAAUGUUCCUCACAAUCUCCCUCGUUCAUAUCUCAGUGUUUUUAAAGUAAUCAGAGCGACACAAUGUUAUAAUUCUUUUCUUCUGACGUGGAUAUUUGUACGGCUUUUCCUGGGGAGAAAUAUAAUUUUCUGUCACAGGUCUGCGACUUUCCAAAACAUGUAGCUAUGUGUGUGCUGUUACAUUUAAACUGUACACAAGUUCCUUUUUAUCAGAAACACUUCUUGGAGGCUUCCUUGUUUUUAUUCUGCUUUAGUUUGCCUACAUUGCUGCAGUUAUUUGUCUCCUCAGCUCUACAGAAAAAAACAAUAUAUUCAAGUUAGAAAAGAGCUUGGAGUUGACUGGUGGAUGAGGAUCUUGUGAAAGGCGAUUGAUUUUGGAUAUGAAUCUCUUUUCUCUGACCUGCAUCACUAAGUAUAUUUACAUGGACAUGGAUACUUUUAACUCAUUCUGAUAAUAUGAUAAGACUAUUGCUUACAUGGCUGCCGGAUGAACUCAUUAGAUAAUACUGUGGUGUAUACAUUUGUCUCAUUUGUCUGUAUCAAAUCAGUCAGAUAAAUAUUAAUUUUCUGCAAUAAAUUCAGUUUUUGUGCUUA